GUAAGCGCGCAGCCUUGAUAUAUAAAGAGGGAAAUGGCUACAUCGUUGCUUUCAUACUGAUCGUAUACAUCUCGAUCGUGGCAAGUCUUCGACAUUUUACAACCUUAUAAUAUUUUAGUAUCGGUUUGGAGUAGCUUGAUUCCCUUAACGUGGUAUUAGUUUGCGAUGGCGAAGAGAAAUAGAAACUUGGUUUCGAGCAUCAUGGCAUCCCAAGUCUCUGGAAAAUGCAUUAGAACAAACAUGCUUCCUAAAGAUUUCAUAGAAGAUGUGGAUCGCCGUUUGAAUUUUAAGGAGAUACCUGUUAUUUUGGCGAAAUUAGAACGACAUAGCAGUCUCCAGAGGUUUAAUUUCUCGAAGUGUAUGAGAUACAUAGAGGAACUUUCACACUUCUUCACGGAGACGAUGAGUGUAUCAGAGAUGUUUUACAGCGAAAACGAACUUCCAGUUUAUACGAAGGAGAGAGCUCGAAUUGGUCAAGUUUUAAAUUUAUUCGGUGGAGUGGAGAUUGUGGUGCAAAUCCUUUUUUAUCCUGUUACUUAUGGCUUCAAGCUUUGCAAGUUGAAACCAUCAAGACUGCAGCAAACAGAAUUGUACCUAGGAUGUCUUGAUUUCAUCCAUAACAUUUGUCUAGUGGUUGAUGGAGUUGCUGUUAAUUUAGCAAAGAGAAAUGAAUUGAUUAGUCAUUUGUUCACUCUCCUGGAACAAAAGAAAACCUUUUCCCGUGCCUUGGUAGUAUUAGAAGAUCUUUUUGGUUCCAGAAAAGAAAUUAUCGAUUUAGACAGGAUUGUAAAUAUGAGAAAACUGAUAAACAUCUUAGAUCAGAAACAACUGGGGAACUUUUGUCGUGUUUUGUCAUUUACCUUGUCAGAUUUGGAAUCUGUAGAGGAGAGAAGUACAUUGCUUGCCCAGGAUGAAGUUGACAGAAAGGGAAUGUCACAGAAGGAUGUUGCAGAUAACAAUCAAGCAACACUCAUAGGUUUAAAGGAAUUUCUUCCAAGGAUAGUGAGAUUAGCAUGUCAGCCAAUGGUAGAGAGAUCUUCCCAUUUCCUGGAUAUGGUGGAUUUCCAAACAUUCUUACAAGAUGUCUUUAUGUCAGAAGGGCUUGAUUUAGAAUCAGAUGAGCAUGAAUCAUUAGGGCAUAGAACACUACGAUCUUCCUUUAGCCAUAUACAAGGUCACAUACAUGAGGUGAUGCACAAAGUGGAGGUCUUCUAUGUUCUCUGUUUGUUUUUGACUGGAAAGCACAAGUUGAUUGUUCAGAAGAAGCUGUCAGAAAUGAGACUGAUUCCAGGAAUGAGCCAGUUAUUUGACAAAAUGUCAUGGCUGAACGAAACAGAAAGAAUGAAUCAAGAUUUAAUGGACUUAGAGAUUGCAGAUCAUGAGUGUACACCGCAAACCGCAUUGAAGAUUCAGUUCCUACGACUAGUUCACAGUUUCUGUGACAGACAUGAGAAUAAGCAUCUUCUUUUAACACCUAGGGAAGUUGAUGAACUUCAAGAGUUGUAUGUUCAAAAUGACCUUGAACUCCCUGAGAGUUUGACAAACACUAACAGAAAAUUGUGUUGUACUGGAGAAAAAGGACUUCUUUCAAAAAUUCUAGAAACACUGAUCAGAUGUCCCCCUACUGCUCCACUUAGGUUUUGGCUGUCAAGAGCAAUUGAGGGAUUUCUUCGUGGCAGAGCAUCAGUUGGCGAUCAGCUGUUUCUCAUCAAAAGAGGCCUUCUUGAGCACCUUGUUGAUCACAUCACAAGUGAGGAACUGAAACCAAAAGAGAUUCUUCAAAGUAGCUUUGAUCUUCUGGGAGAGUUAAUGAAGUUUAAUCAAUUUGCCUUCAUAAGAUUUGAUCAGGCAAUCAGUACAAAACAGUUUGAGAAGUUUGUUGGCAUCUUGACAUCAAAUGUUGUGGAUUCCAACAUGUUGAUUCGCUGUUUGGUGCUUUCUCAGGAACAUUUUUUGUCAAGUCCUUUGGCAGAUUUUACAGCUGGAGCUUUCAAGCUUGGUUCACUUAUUAGCAACUGGGAACAGAUGAUCUUCCUUCUCUACAAGCUGAUCAACUCCAUUACUGUGGGAACACUGACACAAGAAAAUGUCAGCUGCCUCAACACAACCCUUGUUUUCUUGAUGUUUGCACACAGACAUGGGAAACUUCCAGCAUAUCUUAUGGCCUUUGUUAGAGAAGAGAACAUUCAGAAGAAUCCAGGAUUUAUUCUGACAAACUUAAGACUCCUUUUGGAAUUCUGGAAGACACACUACUUGAAAAGAGGAAAGGAUUGUUCAGCUCUAGAACAGAGUUCCUGUAUCAGCUUUGAUCAUUGGAAACAAGUUGUUGAUGUUCUCUUGUCAGACUCAAGUUACAGCACAUCAGUCCUUCAUUACCUACCAUCAUCUUGCAUGAGGGGUUCAUAACAGACAGCUGUCAAUCAGAAUAUAACACAUUUGCAAAAUACACCAAAUAAAGCCUAUCAGCUAUAAAAUGGGCUUUCAAGCAGGUCUUGAUAGUUUAAAGCAGAAUAGAUUUUCUCCAUAUGGCAGGAAUUGUAAUUUUAUUCCCCAUGUUUUUAAUCACUGAAUGGAUUGUGAUGAUGAAGGUCUUUCAAAAAGAAAUUUAUAUUGUGAUAUACAAAGCAUUAAAAAUAUUAGGUCAGUACCAACAAAAAAAAAAACAGAAAAACAGGAAGGUUUGGAAUGUUCUUGUCAGUAAAUUAUUGUGUAACAUGAAGGAUUUGUGUGCAUUGCUCAAUCAUGCUCAAGAAAGAAAGGUGUGUUAAUACACUUUAUAGGUUUUGGGAAUGCAUAUUGGUUUUUUGUGAAAGAAAUGUGUCAUUUGAAUGGACAAGUUGCUUGUGAAAAAGAGAUUUUUGAGUGGUGUUUUGUAAAAUCACUCACUGUCAGGCCAGUUGUAAAACAGACUUUAGUGUUGUAAUGGUCAAUGAAUAUACAAUGGUUUUGUUUCUAUCUUAGUAUGGCAUAUGACUCGUUUAUUGAAAUUACAGGCUGUAGAUAAGUGCUUUUAAGAACAUUUUACGUUUCUAGAACAACUGAAAAAUAUGUUGGGCUAGAAAUUUGCUGUGAAAAAAUAUCAAAAUGUAGGGUUACCCUUUAUUACCAAUCCCUGAGGGGUUUGAAUUUUUUAUCAUUGGUUUAUGAUGGUUAUGAAGGUAACUAGAGGUAGCAUUUAUAAUAGUGUAUUUAUUGUCACAUUAUUGCAAUGUAUGAUAAACAAUCUUAGUCUUGUAAAAUAUUAAAUUAUUUUUAUGAAUUAUUUUUUGUAAGACUUGUACAUUCGGCUAGAAAUUUUAAUAAAUGUCUAA